CAUUGUUGUUAAAUUGAAAUGCACCAUUUCAUUGUGUGGGCACCAGCUCAAAGACAUUGUGGAUUUGAUUUGUGCACAACAAAUUUCUUUGCCACAGGUUGCCUUUCUUGAAAUAAUAAUCCAAGAAUAUUUGGAAUCAAGAAAAUCUUUAUUUCCUGAAACUUCACUUAAACCAAAACAUCAUUUCUUGCGGCACUAUCCAGCCCUAAUUUUGAAAUUUGGACCUUUGAUUAGGUUGUGGACAAUGCGUUUUGAGAGUAAACAUGUCUACUUUAAAAGAUGUGCAAGGCAUUUCAAAAAUUUUAAAAACAUAUGCUUGACACUAUCAGAAAGACACCAGAUGUUUCAGGCUUACAUCUCAGCUGGCCCUAGAUGCAAUCAACUGCUGCUGGUCAAGGACAGUUGUGUUUUUUACUCAAGCCUCUACAGUGAUGAAAUAAAACAUGCAGUAAAAUACCUGGGAUUUUCUGAAAAAGACACAAGUAUUUCCACAGAGAUACAAUAUAAGGGAACAGUGUAUAAAAAGGGGCAUUUCUUGGUUUCAAAGAAUGAUGAGUAUAUGGAGUUUGGAGAGCUGGUUUUAAUUCUGAUUCAAAAUGAAACUGAUGUGUAUUGUGUUAUGGAUGUACAAACAGCUGUCUAUCAUCCUGAUUACCAUCUGUAUUCAGUGACAAAACAGACUUCAAGCACUUUGUGUAUUAACAUAAAUGACUUGGUUGACUUUUACCCUUUGACCUCUUAUCAGGUAAAUGGACAACAAGUUGUUCCUCUGAAACACAGUGUGUUUUCAAAAUAAAAAUGUCUUUAUAUACCAUGAUGGAAAGUCCACUUAAAACAGAUAGGUUGAUGUGAACAAAAAUAAUAAAGAAAAAACAGGGAGAGAAGUUUGACUAGAAAUUUAAGGAAGUACAUGACUAAAAAGUGUGAAUUGGGCACAAUAUUUUGUUUGACACUAAGUAUGAGUCUCUUUAAUUUGUACAUAGUUGAAUACAUGUUAUAUUAUGGUGAUCUUGUUUUUUUACCAUUAUUUUGUCUGAUUUUAUUCCAGAAAUGGCUGAGCAAACAUUUUUACGCAGCGCUAUCAGUGAAGUGUUGCCCGAUCUUACAGAGGCUUCAAAAGACAUUCUUGAGGAGACUUUACAGUCAAUUGGAGUAGAAACGUAUGAUGACUUCCAGUUCAUUGUUGAGGAAGACUUGCUGUCAGCAUUAAGACCAAUUCAAGCCAGAAAGGCACUUGCUGCUUGGAAAUUCAGAUGCCGGACCCCUGAAACCAGCAGGUCCUCAAGUAAUGCAUCACCAGAUACUCCUCCAUCACAGCCGUCUUUGUCCCCGCUAAGUGUGUCAUCAAACUCCUCCAGCAGCAACCAGUCAUCUGCAGCAGACUGGGUGGACACCUUUGAGAUACCAUGGGAAAAGUUCUCAGAAGAACUGAUGCAGGCAUUAGAGAGAGGUAAACGGCCAAGUCCAAAAAUGAGGAAGGAGAUGGUCAGGAUUGUGGUGUCUGAAAUGAUGCGAAAAAGUUCUUACUUGGGUAAAAGGAGUUCUACAGAGGUUGCAAAGAAGAUGGUGGCAAAAUAUCCAAAAUCUCUACAAGAUGUUAUCGAUGGAGAUGUCAUUGGCCCUGGCUAUCAUUCACUCGUCAAACAACUUCAAUAUCGAAUUGAGAACGUGAAGCGAUCUACAAUGCCUAAAAUAAGAAAGCGAAAGCGCUGCUCUGAAAACUCUGACACAGAUGAAAUUCCUCAGGAACAGAGAGCUGCAAUUCAGGACACCUAUGGGUGUAUCAACUGGAAUGUAAAAUUCCUUCCUCUUGGAGAAACUGCUGAAAGUCAGCAACAGAAGAAGGACAAGCUCAAGAUGAUGUCUCUGCAGAAGGAGGCCAAUCCUGAGGAGAUGAAACAAUUACUGAGGACAACUUUCUACUCACAGCGCAAAGAUAUUAACCAGGGGAAAAGCAUUCAAGAUGUCUUGGAAGCCUGGCCUGUUUUAUUUCAUGACAUUGGGAUGGCUGUACACUACAAGGAACUUACUGGACUUGGAUUGAAGGAAACCUUCAUGAGGAACAUGGAUAUGAAGGGAAAAAGACUGCUGAACUACAUGAACACUGUUUGUGUGAACAAAAACAAAAGGUUUUUCCAGGCUCAGACAAAGUUGAAGAUGUUAAAGGGAGAACUGGACGGUUACUCUGAAGAUGUUAAAGAGCUGAUGCUCCUACUUCUCUGCUACUUCAAUGAAAAUGAAGAAGCAAUGUUCUUCUGUGUGGAGGACACAUGCCUAGCUGAAGAAGUACAGAUGGAGAAUGUCUCCUUGACUCCCACUAUCAUUGUGUGUGGUCAAUCCUGCUUCCAUGCUAAACGAUUCAUGCUGAGUGUGGAUCAACAGAUUGGAAACAACAACAUCUCCUGUUUUAUUUCUGCCCUCUGCAUGAUGUUUGGGAGCUAUUAUUGUUUUAACAUACAUUAUCCAUCGGGGCUGGCGUCUACACUGGAGUUUCUGCAGAGGUGUUUCUUCUCAAUCAACCCAGACAAGGGCAGUAAGGUGGAAGAAACCCGUAAACCCAGACUGCAUGUGAACCCCCGUGUACUCACCUUGAUCCAGGAACUUUCGGAUUAUGAGUGGCGUGAUGUUUGAGAAAGGACUAAAGUCAGUGAGUUAUCAGGACAGUGUUUAAUCUUAACAGAGCUGAAUAGAUUUGUAAAUGUAUGUUGCAUCUCACACCGUGUCUGCUGAAGUUAAAAAAGUUGAAAAGACAUAUUUAUAUUUGUUCAGUGGUUAAAUUUUGCUCCAUGUCAGAAAGGACAAAUGAGAAUUUCAUUGAAAAUAUGUUUUCAAUUAAAAUGUUUAUUUGUUUAAAAAAAAAUUGAAUUAUUAUUAUAGAUACAGUUUAUAUUGGGCUUCCUUGUGUUUUUAAUUUGCAUUUAACUGGUAAAUGUUUGUUGAAAUUUGAUGUUUAUAGAUAUUUGAAAAUAGAAUUGUUUCUAAAAUAAGAAAAACUUUUGAAGCAAACAAACAUUAUUAUUGAAAUGUAUACUGGAAAUAGAAAUUUAUUGUAUGUUAUAAUCUUCAAGCCCCCCCUCCAAAAAACAGGGUGAAAGUUGGUUCUCAUACUGUUUCUGAUAAAAUUAAAAAGGUUGAAGAAAUUUAUAUCUAUUCAGCAGGUGCAUUUGCUUCAUGAUGUUCAGAAAAGAUGUUCAGAACUUCAUUGAAAAUAAAUAUUUCAAAGGCAUGCAAGUGUAUGUUUAUUUUUUUAAGAUUAUCAUAGAUACAAUUUAUAUUGGGCUUCCUUGUGUUUUAAAGUUUCCUUUAAGUGGGAAAUGUUUGUUGAAAUGUGAUGCUUAUGGAUAUUUAAAAAUAUAAUUAUUAGUAAAAAGAAAAAAAAUUUAAAGCAAAUUUCAGUUUUUCAGAAAGUAUUAAAAAAAUGUUUUAAAUUGACAUUUUAACAGUUUUAAUCUGUUAUUCAAAGGUAUUUUAUCAGUAGGACUAACUGAAGUUUUUUGUACAACAAACAAAAACUGGGUAAAUCUUACUGGAAAUUUUUUUUUAAAUAACAGCAUUAUUAUGAUAAUUCAUCAGAAAAAGUUGGUUAAAAUUACUUGAUAAAACUGUUUUAUUAACAAAAUAACCCUGUUCAAAUCACAGUUAAAAUUUGUGCAAAACUGUGGGACAAUCUGUUUAUUUCACAAUUUAAAACUGUAGUAAUUACUGUUUGGUCAGUAAAACAGUUUACAUGUUCACUGUGUUUUUUACUGAAUUAUUCUGGCAACCACAGCUGCCAGUUUUUUAUUGUAAAAACAACGGAAUUUUUUUUACA